AUGCGGUGUGCGAACAAGGCCGCUGAGAGCGCGUCUGCACGUCUCUGUGCAGACACCGAAGCGGAAACCGCUGCAACCGAUGUGUCAUCGGUUGCUAAAGCGUCUCAGCCUGUAUCACCUGGUGAUGCAGGCGCUCGUCAUGAAGACACUCAUGUCUUCACAGAGUAUGAGCUCGGUGUCUCAUACUCUCCUGAUACGGAAGAGGGAUCCGUAUCGAAGGCGGUUGAAACUAAGCCGCCUGCCAAGCGUGGCAUGGAUGAUGCUACGAGUCGUAGCAUCUUUGAUUUAUCUGGCGAAUCAGAUGUACCAUCGCCAAAGCGAAGGGGCUCGAGAUCGCAAGACUCGGGCGCUCACAGUGGUGUCGGUUCUCCUAUGGACACCACUUCACAGAGAGGUGCCAGUACUUCUGUCGGCACGUCGCAGGAAGAGCGGGACCGCAAUGUGUUGCGUCUCGCUCCCGAAAAGAAGGCAUGA